AUGAAACCCAGAAGUCUACGUUGUAUGAAGUUCUUUCUCACGCUUUUUAAUACAGUUUGUAUUUUGUUCGGCUUGGUCCUGAUGGGAAUUUGCGUGAUGAAUCUGCGCGAGAAAAAGUUUCAUCCUGAACAGUCGGCUGUAUCUAAAGGAGUAUUGGUAUUCAUUCUGACACUCGGCUUGUGUUUAGUGGUGUCAGCGGUGCUCGGCUGUAUAGGAGCCUUGAGGGAACACGUCAAGAUUCUAUAUGUGCACGCCAGUUUCUUCAUAUUCCUGGUGUCAGUAGAAGUAGUGGUGAGUGUGGGGGGAGCAAUCCUCAGUGCAUGGGUGGGAGGGAGCAGCGAACUUCGGCUUCAAUUCUACAAGAAUACUACAGUUGAUGACGACUUUAAUAACAAGGCGUUUUGGGAUAAAUUACAAUCUGAGAAUCAUUGCUGUGGCGUGGAUGGACCUCAAGACUACAGCAUCCUCCGCCGAGAUAUUCCACCGUCAUGCUGCGCCCGAGCUCACCCACUCCGGGAAGGCGGAGCCAGGAAGCAUCUUCAUGCCACCUGCUUAUCUGAGCGUACCUAUUACAUGAAAGGUUGCGAAGAAUCUCUGAGGCAGAAGAAGGCUUUGAAGGGAAACAUAUUCAUAUCUACCGGCGUGGUUUUUGCAUUAUUAGAGAUACUCUGCAUUGUGCUAGCUUUUUGGAUGACCAGAACAAUACGAGCGGAGCGUCGCAAGUUGCAGCAAAAUUUGCAAGCACAUUUUGAAAGUUAAAAUUUAUACAAUUCAAACAUUUUUUGAUAUAGUUCGAAAUUUUAUUCCAAUAAUCUUAUUUAUUUUGACUGACUGCCGUAAUCGAAAGUACUAAAUCAAGAAAUCUAAAUUUUAGAAUAUAGAAUUAAUUGAUUUUAAAAAAUUACAAAUUAUUACAAACGCCUGCAAAAACUAUUAGAUAUUAAAGUAACUUAUACAAAAUUAUUAGAAUUCUGGAUAAUUUAUUUCUUUUGUAAUAAUAUAAAACAGUCACUAUUUUUGUCUGUCUGUUUUUCCGCUUACUUCUAGAUCACGCAACGGAUACCGAUAUGGUGUCAUUUCAAGUAUUUCUGAAGAUUUAUAUUUAAUAAAUGCACAGUUUAUUAUCUACGUCACAUUGUACACUCAUGCGAAGCAAGGAUGGUUUGCUAGUAUGUUAAUUAUAUAUUUAAGAUAAUUAGGUACAGCCACGCGGAUUAAAAAUAUAAAAACAUCUAAAACAUAUGCUUACAAAAUUGAUAGAGAUAUAAAUUAUAAAACUGCAAGACUUUUUCAAUAAAACUAACAUAAUAUAUUAUAACGAAGCACAGAUUAUAAUAACAAAAUAUUGACUUAAUUAUCACAGAGUAAGUAUUAAGUAUCUAUUAGUUUUAAAAUUACGUUACGAUCUCAUUAAUAAUUUAAAACA